AUGAGUGAUCCAAUUAAUGCAAACCCAACAGUUAUAGACAUUAAUAAUCUACCCACAAGACUAAAUACUUUGGACGAUGACGCAUCAGCACUCGAAGGCAAGAAUGCUAAACUCAUUUCAGAAAUCACAUCACUUUCCUUACUCAGUUACCCAAACAUAGACAACGGUGACUUGACAUCUCUUGAAGAGUCACUUACAUCAUCCUCGCUAAGCUCCAACGCCGCAUCAGAUGAUGAUGUUGAUGUUGAUGUUGAUGAUGAUGAUGACAUUGUUGAUACUGAAUUUACCUCCGAUUCCCGUACCGUCGCUACUGCCAAUAACGACGAAGAUCCAAUAGAUGAACAAGAAAUAUUUGACCUAAUAGCAACAAUAUCAGACCCAGAACAUCCUCUCACCUUAGCUCAACUCGCAGUCGUCAACCUUGACGACAUUUCCAUUCAACAUGCACCUCGCAAUCAAAUCUCAACAGUCACCAUCAAAAUCACCCCCACCAUCACCCACUGUUCACUCGCCACAUUGAUUGGGUUGGGGAUCCGUGUUCGAUUGGAGCGCAGCUUACCAGCUAGAUUCAGGAUCAAGAUUGUUAUCAAAGAAGGUACUCACCAACUGGAACUGCAAGUGAAUAAACAAUUGAAUGAUAAAGAGCGAGUUGCUGCUGCCUGUGAAAACGAUCAGUUGUUGGGAGUUAUUCUGCAGAUGUUGAGUACAUGCAAAUAG